CAAGCUCUUUCUUUCCGGUUUAGGGCCCUCCGUGUGUGAACACACUUUGGAUAGUGGUUCUAAUUUUUACUUUGCCGUGCUUUAAAACGCCUCAGAAUGCCGCCAAAGUUCGAUCCCAACGAGAUUAAGCACGUGUACCUCCGAUGCGUCGGUGGGGAAGUCGGUGCUACUUCGUCCCUUGCUCCCAAGAUCGGUCCGCUGGGUUUGUCUCCCAAGAAAAUUGGUGACGAUAUCGCCAAGGCAACCGGCGACUGGAAGGGGCUAAAGAUUACCGUCUGUCUCACGAUCCAGAACCGACAGGCUACGAUUUCUGUUGUACCGUCGGCCGCUUCGCUUAUCGUGAAAGCCCUGAAGGAACCGCCACGCGAUCGCAAGAAGGUGAAAAACAUUAAACAUAAUGGUAACAUCACCUUCGACGAAGUGAUCAGCAUUGCGCGCGUGAUGCGACCCCGAUCGAUGGCCCGUGAGCUUUCGGGAACCUGUAAGGAAGUGCUGGGAACAGCGCACAGCGUUGGCUGCACCAUCGAUGGUCGUGCACCCCACGACGUCAUUGAGGACAUCUCGAGCGGAGCUAUCGAAGUCCCGUCGGAGUAGGCAAAACACCGUGUACCCCCCCACAUUUCGGCUCGUGACCCGGUUGUAAUGUGCUGAGGCAUCCAGGCAUCAUAGGCCCUCCUCCACCUCAUUUGUCAUCGGUGACCGCGUUGAAUAAAAUUACAAACAACAAAACA